UACAGCAUUUCCUCCUGUGAACAGCAACUAAACGCAAAGAUCUGAGGUUACUGAUUGUCUAAGUGAAUAUUUUUCCAACCUGUGGCAUUUCAUUUUGCCCAUGGAGGAUAUCAGCACAUAAUUGGCAAUGGGGACACACCACGUCUUGACUCUGGUCCUGGUAUAUUUUAUAACAUGUUACCAAACAGAAGGUGAAGAAUCGCCCUGCAUGUUGACUAUUCGAGUGCCCCGUAACACCUCAUGGAGAUUCACCAAAUUAUCUAAUGGCAUAAUAAACUGUUCAGUAAACUUCUGUGAGCAACCCAGCGUGAGAUGGUGUAAAGUGGCUCAAGAUAACAUCUGCAAUGAAAUAAAUGAAACAGACUCACUUAAGACAGAGUGGAGACUGUUAACUGGCACAUCUGGGAUCUUUUUUCUUACUUUUUUAAGUAUUACAGUAAAUGACACCGGGAGUUACCGCUGCAAAGCAACUGCAAAUAAUUCAGUACAAAGUGUUAUCAGCCAUUCAAUUGCUGUCAGUGUCAACGAUAUUACUUCUUCACCUCCAGUGACAUCUAAUUCAAGUUCCACUUCAACUAAUGAACAUGAUGGCUACACUGAUAAUGGUUAUAUUCCCAUCUACAUAUGUGCAUCUUCUGGAUUACUAUGCUUUAUAUUUCUGUUUAUACUAUGUCGUUGCAUCCAAAGAAACAAAGAAAGAUCCAAAUCACAGAAGGAUGUGCUUCAUCUACAGAAGAUCCAAAUUCCUGAUGAUCCAUCCCAAGUCAACUUGUCAGACAUGAGCCACAAUCGGCUACCAAGUGUUCGCAAGCAAACGUACGAACUGGAGGUUGACAAAGCUUAUGAUGUCAUAUAUGACAAUGAUUCAGUUUUACCGACUCCUAGGAAUCACAAGAAAGGCUCCCGUAAAGAUAGAGCUAAGAUGAAGACUGUUAGCGAGGAUGCUUCUGAUGUCUGUGGUACCAACAAGACCUGUAUCGAGGAUGAUAAUAUUCCUAUCAUAUACGCUGCUUUGAAGCAUAAUACAGAAGAGAAUAAUCGGCGCAAAUGUCAAUCCCCAGUUAUGGAGGAGUUUACAGAGUAUGCUGCAAUACGAGUAUGAAAAGCUAAGUUAUUUGCAUUUACUAGUUCAGCAGUUUUUAAUAAUGAGAAAUGUUUUGCCAUUUUAAUGGAAUGAACUUGCACAUUUUCUCAUUAUAUAUUAAGGUGCUAUUUAUACAUGAAAAUCCACAUCUCAAGAAACAAGAAGCUUCAAAACAUAUACGAUUUUAAAAUAUGUAUGCUUCUCACCAUUAGAUCUCUGUUCAAAGUGAAAUUCAUUUGGAACUUUAACUGCAGUAAAUGACCACCUAAUGCCGAGGCACAGUGAAGUGUGCAGAAUGUAAAUGUCUAUGGAUGAAGCUGCAGAUGAAGCAAGUCAUUUAGAAUGAAAAGACACUGCUUUUUAUUUCAGAGGCUACUAAUUAUGUAAAUGUGUACUGGAAGAUUUGUCAGCUCUGUUAGACUGUGAUUAUAAAAGUACAGGUUGCCCACAGUAGCAAACUGAGAGGUAGAACUGAAAACCUGUGCUAUAUACUGCACUUGACUUUCUAAAGCAGCUUGUGAUAUCCUUGUCCUGAGCACCCUCUGCAGUGCGCUGUGGUCCUGUCACGGGAUUUCAUGCAGACAGUGAGGAUGGACUUUCCUGUGCAUAUACAGAAGUUGGUAAAGAUAGAUGGAUACAUCUUGGAUCUCUGUAUUAUUCAAGUCUACAAGAGAUAGCCACUUCUACAGACAGCCAUCACAUGUAGUUUCAGCCUGGGCCUAUACAUUUGUCCUGUGUUCCAGUUUUUGAAUGUCACCUCUUCUGUAUACCAGUUUGCCAAGAAUGAGAUCACUAAGUGACACUUUAAUUUUGCUUUUGAAUUAAAAAGUGCCUAGAAUAAUACCUUGAAACCCAAAUAAUAAUGAGAAAUUUCCAGAGACCUUUUUAAAAGAUCAUGAUCAUAAUCAUAAUAAUUUGUCUUAUUCUUAUAAUGGUGUAUUAUUUGCAUAUUUUUUUGUUUUAUGAUAAGCAAUCAGAUCAAACAUCCCUUAAUACUCUAUUCAGUUAUUGUCUGUUAACAUUUUUUUUAUUUGCAUAGUUUCUAGUGUCAUUUUAUUGGAAAAUAAUGCCUCUGUAUGUGGCUAAUAAUGUAGUCGUUUAAUGCAAACAUGAAUUUAUUCAAGAAUUGCUUUUAGGUGUUUUCUUUGAAAUCUCUAAACUUGUUUUAAGUUAAUUUCAGAAAUGUUUAUUUAGAUAAUCACAUUUAUAUAUAGUGCUUCUCUAGACACUGGAAGCGCUUGACAUAGACAAUAGGGGAGCCAAUUCAACCACCGCUAAUGUACAGCAUCCAUCUGGAUGAUGACAUGGUAGCCAUUCUUACACUCUCCACACAAUAACUAUUAAGUGGUGAAGAGGUGGGAGAAAUUGCCAAUUAGGGACAGGGGAUGAUUAGAGGGUAACAAUGAUCAGACCAUGAUGAGCAGUUUAUACAAGACAUCGAGGUACACCUCACUGGAUGCCCAGGGAUCUUUUAUGACCACAGAGAGUCAGGACCUCAAUUUUACAUCUCAUCUGAAGGACAGCACCAUUUUUAUGUCACAGUGUCCCCAUCAUUGCAGUGGGGCAUUGGGAUCCACAAACAGACUACAAGGUAAGUACCUUUGAUGGCCUCACCAGCACCUAUUUCAGGAGCAAUCAGGGCUCUCCUGGUUGGUUUCCCAUUCUUGUACUGGCCAAGCUCAAACAUGCUUAGCUUCUGGUGGAGUACCUGUUCUGAAGUGCAGAUGGUAUGGCUGCUGGCUAAUUCAUUAUUAGAUUUAAAAUGGCACUUAUGCAGAAUGUGAAACCAUUAACUGAAAUCAAAUGAUUUUCCUUUGCACUAGUUUAAGUGAAAAACAUCACAUAAUAUGCAUCCCUCCUCCCUUAGGUCCAUGCAUUUUCUCACUCUGCUGUUCUCAUUACAAGAUUUCAUUACCCAGCACCUAUCCUGGCAGGAGAUAACCUUGGGUAGAAUACAUUAGAACAACAGACAAUAACAGGCUAUUUACUCAACAAGCUUGUCCAUCCUAUUAACUGAGAUUGUACAGAUUCCUUUCCCAGCAGACUCAUGCAAACACACAUCAACAGGCCAAUGAAAAGCUGGCAAUUAACAUAACAUGGACGUUUGUGGGAUGUAAAAAGAGUUACACCCUAGAAAAUCAGGUGGAUAUUGCAAAAUAACAUGCAAUCUGCGCUAAAUAUGGAACAAUGGAAGGCAGAAGCAGCAAAUGACAACUCAUAUGAUCUAAUUACUUUUUUUAUUUUAAUAAAUAUAAUAUUUACCUCAAGAGUUGACUGAGAUACUACCAGUGACAUGGAUAAUAAUGUCAAUAUUGAACUCUUUUUAAUUUAUUUUUGUUUGGAAUUUCACUUUAUAAUCACCCCUUUAAUGUAAUUAUUAUGAUCAAAUCAAUGGGAUAAAAGUGUUUUACUACCUACAGUACUUAAAAUGUACUUAAAAUGGGGUCUAAAGGGCUCCUGUAGAUGUGUAGGCGUGCUGAGGGGGUAAAAAUGUUGUUCCUCUUGCACGGUUCAGUUUGAAAAUGAGCAUUUAAUCUAAUUUUGAAAAUGUAUCACUCUCACAUUUUAGCAUACAAUGUGUUCAAUUCCUCUAAAGGUCCCAGAAAUAUAAGCCAGUGUUUAAAGAAUAUUUGUUAUUAUAAAUGCAAAAGUGUAUUUAAAAUCUUUAGUUCUCUGAAAAAAUGUAUUUUUUCUUGGUUGUCAUAAAGAUUUCUUUUUAUUCUUAUCAUCAACAAAAAAAAAUAUUAAAAUUAAUAUAGAAUACCACAAGUGCAGUUUACACAUUGUUAAAAUUGUAAUUGUAAAUGUGAACUUAUGACUGACAAAACAUAUGCAAAUACUGUAUCAUUAUCAUGUUAAUCAUUCAGUGUGAUUUUGGUCAAUCUCAGUGAAUCUACCUAGGGAACUUCCAAAAGUUGGGGAAAUUUUACAUAAAAGUUUUUAUAUCCUUUAAUCUAAUUUGUUCUUUCUACCCACACCAUGAAAGCUCCCUAUCACCCACAAUCAAGGAAUAAGUAAUUGUUUUCACAAAACAAAUGCUUUCAAAAUGGCCACGGUAAAGGUCUGAUAGAAAAACUUUAUAUGAGGUAAAUCAUAAUAAUGAAAAGAUAUUAGACUAAGAAAGUAAAAUUUAUUUUACAAAUAAAAGUAAAAAAAAAAAAAAAAACAUUAGUAAUUACUUUAAAUGC